ACACGGAAAGCUUUAUUCGCAGUCCGGUUGUUGUGCUUUCGUUUUGUGGGUUGUGCGCACUUAAUAUUUAGCAGAUGGAGGGAAGUUCUCAAUAAUUUCACAUGCCGUAAAGGUUUUUACAGUUAUUAUUACAGUUGAAAUUGGGCUCAAUAAUUAAGUGUUCGUUAGUCUUAAGAUUACCAUUCACUAAAAAUGUUUGAACAACAAAGCCCAACCUCCAAAAAGAGGCCAUUUAAACUUUUUGAACAUUCCAUUAUUCAAUUUAAUGAUGUAGUCAUACCACAUAGGUUGGACAUGAUGAAGAAGCAUAAAAGCAAUAUAGAAAAAGCAAUCCAAUCUGGGGACUAUUCUAGUGCUGUAAGAGAACAGUCAUCUGCUAAAAUGCUCAUUCAGAAUCUAAGAAGAGAUUUAAGUGAGAUAGAAGCCCUUCGUAACCAAGUCGAUGUCCAAGAUGUAGCACAAUUUGACAAAGCUACUGAAAAUUCUCGCUCAAAAGCACUGAUGGCUAUGGAGGAAUACAUGUGUUUGGGUGAGAAGCUCCUAUCUCCUGAGAAUAGGUGUAAGACAACUGUAUCUGAUCAUAGAGAUAUUGACUUUAAGUCAGCUCCUCAACUACAACUUUUUGGUGAUAGAUCCUCAAUCUUAGAUAAGGAUGAGGAGGAAUAUGUGCAAUCAUGGGAAAGACUGCGUGAUGACAUAGAAGAUUUACAUGGCAUCUAUGCAGACCUUCACACCCUGACACAAGCACAGGGAGAGAUAGUUGAUAAUAUUGGAGAUAAUGUGUCAGAUGCAGCUGAGCACAUUCAACAGGGAACCCUCAAUCUAAAAAGAGCGUUGAAAUAUAAAGCAGCAAUGUAUCCACUGAUGGGUGCUGCUGUCGGCACUCUAGUUGGAGGUCCUGUCGGCCUUUUCAUUGGUUUAAAAGCUGGUGGAUGUGCAGCUAUUGGAGGUGGAUUGCUAGGUUUUGUUGGAGGGAGAAUACUUAAAAAGGCUCAAGUAAACAAAAUUUCAGAUUCCACUGAAUCCUACCCAGUUAUUGGAGAAGACUCUUCAUCAAAGUUGCAUCAAAGCUAGAAUAAAUGCUGUGUCAAAUGUGCCAUUGGCACUAAUAUCUUAGGUAAUUAUUUUUUCUGUGAUUGAUUUGUACAUAUAGAUAUGCUUUAUGUACUAAGUAAAACAUGAUAAAUGUUCGCUGGAACUUCAAUGUUAGUUUUGCUUGAAAGGCUGCAGUCUAUUGACUGUAAUUCACAAGUUCUUUCUUGAAAGUUUUUCUCAUCUAAAAAUAAUUUAUUUUUCACUUUAAAAUAAAAUUGACAUGUUUGUUAA